AUGGCAUUGGCAUUGGCAAUGAGUGCUCGACUGAAGCCGGAAAUCAGGCUGGCGCAAGCCGUAUCUGAAUUCGAGGCCGAUCUUACCAUGGAGCAAAAACUUCGUUUCAACUCAUGCCGAGCCCAAGUUCACAAAACCCCGCCGGAGAUUCACGAUGUCAUGCAACUAACGGCGGAGAUCGACCAGAAAAUAUCGCCCAAGGUUGGUCGCGGCCGUUGCUACGGCCCGCGACUUACAAACUUUUUGCAAGGUGUUCAGCAGUUUGUCGGCCUGGGUGAUAUCCUGGUAGGCGGCUCCCAGAAUCUGGUUGCAUGCGGUGUGUGGUCACUUGUGCGAAUGUCCUUAAUGUCGCUAGUGAAUUCUGCUUCAUAUCUCGAGAAAGUAUCCCAACUUCUCAUGAUUGUUGGUCGGGGAGCGCCUCGGUACCAAAGCAUGGCGGCAAUAUACCCUCGGUCAAAGGAACUGCAAUCAAAUCUGUGCGAGUAUUUUAUCGUGGUGGUUCGUCUAUGUCACCAUAUUCUCAAAUAUACCCAAAAGUCGACAGUUAUGCAGUUCACGACUACUCUGAAUACUUCAAAUCUGGAUUCUUUCCAGCCGGAGCUUGAGAUUUGGGCCACAGCAAUCAAGGAAGAAGUGAAUAUAUUGAUGGCCAAGAGAUCUGAAGAUGAGGCGACCAAGAAUUCAAAGUUCAGAGAUUGGUCCCUCAGUUUCAGAACUCUCGAGUCCCAUCAGAAACAACUUGCGGUAACUCGACGAGUCCUUGAUUUGUGUUCAAGGUAUGACUACCAGGUGAAGUGGAAACAAGCACGGAAGAUUGGAAAUUCGACGGUGUUCCACUCGGAUGACAUGUAUCAAUCUUGGAAGAAACUCCAGACUUCGGCCACUCUCAUUUAUACGGGAAGGCUAGGGUCUGGCAAAUCUGUAUUAAUGGCGAAUAUUGUUGAUGAUCUGAACCUGAAUGUCGAGGACAAGACCGCUGUGGCAUAUUUCUUUUGCAGACAUGACGAGGCAGAAAGUUUGAAGGCCCAAACAAUCAUCGGCUCUCUGGCCCGACAACUUCUGGUCGCCUUCAAACCUUCCGCUCUUGAUCCAAAGAGAUUCGAUGAGACCGAACUGAAAGAUAUAGACAGUCUUAUCGAACUGCUGCAUACUGCUUUACCACUCAUGCACAGAGCAAUAUUUGUAUUGGACGGUCUUGAUGAGUGUGACCAUCCAGUGGCAAAGAAAGUGAUUGGGUAUCUUCGAAGGAUGCAAUCAACUUUAAAUCUGCAUAUAUGUAUUUCUUUGAGACUGGACGCGAAUAGACUCCUACGGUAUGCCCGUGAACAGCUUGUUCAAUGUACCAAGACUUCGAUCCCAGUCGACAACCCAGACAUUGAAAGCUUCAUUGAGCGCGAAUUAGAGAAUCGUAUCCAGUCAGAUGAGCUGGUAAUAGGCGACCCAGAGCUAAUUCUCGAUGUCCGAGAUAGCCUCAUGGUUGGAUCACAGGGGAUGUUCCUCUGGGUGGCUCUUCAGAUCGACAUUCUUUGUACAAUGAAGACAGAUCUUGGGAUUCGCCAAGCGCUGGAUAACCUUCCCAGGGAUCUUUCAAAUACAUUCACACGCAUCUUGAAGAAACACGAGCAAAAAAUAAAACCAGAACAGCGAACGGUUCUGGAGAUUCUCACGGUGGCUCAGCGUCCUCUGACUAGUGAAGAGCUUCGAGAGGUUCUCAGUGUGACACCUGGCGACACCACUUGGGAUCCAGGGAAAUUACUUAACGAUGUGAAAUCAGUUUUAACAUACUGUGGAAGUCUCGUCACUAUUGAUGAAGAAGAUUCUACCGUUCAAUUUAUACAUCACAGUGUCAAACAAUUUUUGAUUGAGGAUUACCGUGAUUCGAGGGGCGCGGAGCUUGAUAUCGAUGAUGCCAAUAUGAGGAUGGCCAGGUUGAUUCUCACUUAUCUCAGCUACGACCAAUUCGAUAGGCAGCUGUCUACAUCAGUUGUCCCACGCCUGAAUGUUACGCCGUAUGAUAUCGUCAAAUCAACGGUUGAUUCUCACAACAGCGUCCAAAGUGCCGCUUUGAGGCUCCUCAGGCUCAAAACAAGGAGCUCAAAAACAAGGCAAACUCAGGAUAUAGGAAGAACGAUCCAAGCUAUGAAUGCACAACAUCACGUACCUCGUGAUUAUACCUUUCAGUUUCUUAGUUAUGCAAAAUUAUACAGCAUAUACCACUUGUGUGCGACGUCAGCAAGUAAGAUACCGGAAUUAUGCCUACUUGGCAAGAUCCUUGAUAGGCGUGUUCUAUCUGUUAAUGAUGCGCUCCCGUACACCGAACCACCCUCCGCUGACCAAGAACCACCCUCCGCUGACCAGGAAACAAGACUCUGGUCAGAAACAAAAACACCAAGAAAUUCAUUAGAAUUCCCCCUUGAAUCCCCCAUCCUGACAUCAUCUAACCAGAGAAGUGGGCGAGGAGGGGCCUUGUUUUUCUGCGCCUGUAGCCUAAACAAUUCGGCCCUUUUGCGCAGAUUGAUUCAGGUCGAUCGCGUUGACCCGAACCAACAGAAUGAACAAGAACAGACCCCAUUCGCAUACGCCGCUAUGAACGGAUAUGGAGAUGCUGUUAAAGAACUGCUACGUACCAUAAGUGUCAAUCUUCAAUCAAGUGACGAAAGCGGUUGUACUCCACUUAUGUGGGCUGCACGUCGCGGAUUUGCAUCUAUUGUGCAUGACUUGGUGACUCCAAAUCUAGAGUUUCAUUACUCAGAAGACAAUGAAAAUUGGCUACAGCUUGCACGAGAGGCACAUGGUAUGCCUCGCGAUAGUCACGAGCGCGUUGAUCUUAACUCGGUAGAUCUGCACGGGCGGACAGCAUUAUCCUUUGCUGCUCAUGACGGUAAAUACGAAUGUGUUCGCAAAUUACUUGAAUAUGGCGCCGACCGUACAUUAACAGAUGAUAUGGACCGGAUACCGUUGAUGCAUGCUGCUAUGUCUUAUAGUGCACAGACCGUUCAGCAAUUCUACGAUAUUCCCGAUCCAUAUUACGCCAGCGACUUUCCUGAUUCUGAAGAUGUAGAAGGACGGACGGCUAUAUCCUAUGCCGCCGAGGGAGGGACAUUUGAAAUUGUUCGCAUUUUUCUGCUUGAUCUACGAAUUGACCCAGAUUCGCGAGAUCACAAGGAGCGGUCGCCAUUGUCCUAUGCCGCUCAGUAUGGGAUACUCGAUAUCGUUGAUGCUUUUCUUGCAGAUGAUCGUGUUGAUCCGGAUUCAAGAUGUUCCCAUGGGCGAUCGCCUCUCUCGUGGGCCCUUGAGAGGAAUAAGCCCGCAGUGGAGAUUGUACAAGCAUUCGUCCGCACUGGUAGAGUCGAUAUCAAUUCAGAGGACAACCACGGCCAGACGCCCUUGAUAAGAGCGGUCAUUCGUCAACACUACUCUAUCGUGCCAGUUCUUCUCGACUAUGGCUGUAACAUCACUAUCAAGGAUAAUGAAGGGUGGACUGCUUUAGAUCAUGCAGUCGAGAACGGAAACGAGGAUAUCAUACGUAUACUUCGUGAUCAUCGUCCAGGUUCGGCUGGAAAAAAGGUAUACACAUCUUAA